AUGGCAAUGGACGACCAAGAAGCGCUUGCGCAAAUCCAGCAGAUGGUGAAGUUCAUUUUGAACGAAGCCAAGGAUAAAGCUCAGGAAAUAGAGGCCCGUGCAUUGGAGGACUUCAACAUUGAAAAGCUUAAACUGGUGCAGCAAAUGAAGGACAAGAUACGUCAGGAAUUUGACAAGAAGGCAAAGAAGCUUGAAGUACAACGUUCAAUUGACCGGUCUACAGCGAUCAACAAAGCUCGCCUCCGCCGGAUCGCCGCGCAGGAUCAAGUUGUGACGGAAGUUUAUGCGCAGUCUCAGAAGCAACUAGCGGCCAUCUGCUCAAAUACGGCCAGAUACAAGGAACUUCUAACGGAUCUCAUUGUCCAGGGCUUGUUGCGGCUACUGGAACCAGAAGUAGUGAUCAGAUGCCGUGAAGUGGACCGAUCAGUAGUGGAGAGUGUUCUCCCAGCUGCUGCAGCGAAAUAUAGCAAGAUUCUGAAUGACGAAGCAGGUCUCAAAAAGACAGUCAAGCUGUCCAUCGACAAGCUCGGGAGAUACCUUCCACCCCCGCCUACCGCCGACAGCACGGUACCCUCAUGCUGCGGUGGCGUUAUCCUAGUGACGGCGGAUGGGAGAAUUUCAUGUGAUAAUACUCUAGAUGCGCGUUUGAAGUUGGUCGUAACUGAAUGCGCCCCGGCUAUUCGCAUGCAUCUAUUCACAACGCCGAUCAAGCACUGA